GGCUUUUCGUUAGUGUUGGGCGGAAUAUAAAGGUUAGCUCAUUGUUCUCUCGACUGCAACAAUAUCUGUUGAUGUAAAUAUAUUAUAACUGCAAACAUGCCAUCUGAUCCUCAGAAUAAGGAAUAGUUAUUGUUAAUCAAACUUUUUCAAAACUACAGGUCAGCAUGAGGGAAAUUAUUGCCUUCUUACUCAUCGCUUCGAGUGCGGUUUGUCAAGAUGAUCCAUGUAAUGGUUUUUCAUUUGCAAACAACAUGUCACCAAACUAUGGAAUAGCGAAAAAUAGGCGAUAUGAAAUUACUAUAGACAAUGUUGAUAUCUCUAGAAGUUAUUAUAGGCCAUAUCAAACCAUAAAAGUAACCAUUAGAUCUCUUUCUGAAGAUAAAUUUACCGGAUUUUUAAUACGAGCUGAAGCUAAUUCAACAAUUGAGGGAGCCGAACAAGUCGGAUUUUUUGAUUUUGAUCCUCAAAACGAUCGAAUAUGUAAAACUUCAAGAGGUAACUCUGUAAAAAAUUAUAGAGAGUCGGGGUGGACCUCAAAAAGUUUUUAUUGGCGAGCGAAGACUUCAUAUGGAUCCGUUCAAUUUAAAGCUAUUAUCUAUGAAUAUGAUCGUAAAUGGUCAAUUGUCUCAUCGAUUCUUAAAGAUCCUCAUGUCGAACGAGUCCCCAAAGUUCUAACGUUUAUCGACACUGAAGGCUGCGGAGUUACCAAAGGAUGCUACAGAGAGCCCUCAGGAUGUCAGGAUGGUAGUUGCUCUCUUUUGCUUGCAUGGACUGUUGAAGACAAUGUAGUUCAAUUUCAAAUGAGUGCUUUAACAAAUGGCUAUAUUGCACUUGGCUUUUCUAAGGACCAGUACAUGGGUGAUGACAGUGUAGUCGAAUGCGUUAAUCAGGAAGAGACAAAGAGGGUAAUAGUGCAAUACUCUUAUAAUGAUGGCCAAUCGAACAAAGUUUUAGAGCAAUUGUCUGACUUUGAUGCUUAUCAAGGAGGAAAAAUUAUACGCUGUGAAUUUAAGAGAAGAAAACUUAUUCGAGAUAACUCAGAGGGAAAGAUAUUCAACUUAGAUGAGAGCUAUUAUUUAUUAUUGGCACGGGGUAGCGUUAAGAAUGGAAAAAAAUUAAUGCACUUUUUAAGGCCAGGCGUUGAACCUCUAGUUAGCACAAAGAAGGUUGAUCUGGAUAGUCAUCCCAAUCUAAGUGGUAAAGCAAGGUAUCCCCUUGUAAAAUUACAUGGAUGUUUAAUGCUUAUUGCUUGGAUGAUACUUUCAUCAAUGGGAAUCUUAAUGGCGAGAUAUUAUAAACCAAUAUGGCCUAAUAAGCGUUCCUGUAACGAAAGAAUAUGGUUCUGUGUACAUAGAGUUUGUAUGGCGAGCUGUGCCAUUCUAACACUUAUUGGAGUUAUAAUUAUCUUCAUUCAAGUUGGCGGUUAUUCUACUUUUGAUGAUUUCCCUAAAAAAGCUCAUCCUCCUCUUGGAAUUAUUGUCUGUAUCCUAUCCAUUCUAAAUCCGUUGAUGGCCCUUAUUAGAUGUGAUUACAAUGGCAAAAGAAAAAAAUGGAGAGUAGUAUUCAAUUGGUUCCAUUGGCUUUUUGGUACUAUUACUGUUUUAAUUAGUAUGCCAACUGUCUUCAUUGGCUUAUCUAUGCAAAAAGCAGCAGUUCCAAGCUGGGCUACGUGGGUGAUGAUGGCUUUUUUCCUUUUUCACUUAAUAGUCGAGCUAUUGUUGGAAAUUCAUGGGUGUAUAAAUUCAAGAAAGCAGAAAGAACGAGACGAGCGGGAACUCUUAGCUAGACAAAAUCAUCCAUCUCUAGAACCGCCUUUGAAAGAACCUAAGCCUGUUGGGCAGAAAUUUAAAACAACAGUACUGGCUGUUUAUGUCGUUGUCUGGUUUUUGUUGGGAGUUGUUAUGGUUAUUGCUGUCGCUGCCGGUUAA